AGAAAUCAGUCCUCAAUCGGUCUUCGGCUUCCUCAAGAGUUCUUUCCGUUCGGUGAUUCCUCGUCAGAUACGCAAGACAACGUGACGGUAGCACAAGUUCGGCGAGUUGGUCGUGAUAGUUCGUGACGUCGAGUUGUGAUAAGUGUCCUUUUUCUGAGUGUUUCGAAACAACAGCGGAUUACGGAUAUCCUCACGAAUUCUCAGACCUGAAGCGCAUUCGAAAUAUUCCCGUGGAGGACAACUGAGCGAAUAUCAUCUGGUCUCCUGGAGUCAUGAAAAAUCGAUGGAAACUAUCUAGCUAGAAAAUUGACGUCCAGUAUUUACUCCCUGUCCAACUCGCUUAGACAAGAUUCCGUAGCUUUCGCUAGACCGUUGCAAAAACAGGAGAAUCUAAGAAUCAAAAUUUCUGAAAACCACAGUUUUUGAGAGCGGAGAAGAUGGCGCCGAAAUCGCAAGACACCAUGACCAGCGAACACAACAGGAUGGUCCGUCCGGUUCAGACGGUGAAGAACAUGAGAAAGUCGAAAUUUUACAAGGACCCUUUGGCCCUUUUGGGCGAGAGGAGUUUCAAAGACCCUGAGGAGAUCCCGGCUGACGUCACUGGAACUCCGAUCCAGGAAUUUUACCGGGAUGCUACGAUCUUCCUGACCGGGGGUACAGGGUUUAUGGGGAAAGUGCUCGUUGAAAAGUUACUGAGAUCCUGCCCACAUAUCAAGCAUGUGUACCUCCUCAUCAGGCCCAAGAAAGGGAAGGAAGUUCACGAGAGACUCGAUGACAUUUUCUCGGACAGGUUGUUCAAAAGGCUGAAGCACGAGGUUCCGAAAUACCACCAUAAAGUCUCGGCCAUCGUCGGUGAUUGCUCCCUGCCGGCCCUAGGGAUCAGUCAGCAGGACAGGGAUCGCCUUAUUGAGGAGGUCAACAUCAUCUUCCACGGCGCGGCCACUGUCAGAUUCAACGAACCACUCAAGCAAGCCCUCAAAAUCAACGUAGAGGGAACCAGGAGUAUUCUCCAACUAGCCAAGCAAGUCAAAUGUCUCAAGUCAGUCGUUCAUGUUUCAACGGCGUUUGCAAACUGUCCGAACAAAGAAAUAGACGAAAAAUUCUACGCUCAGCCGAAAACCUAUGAGGAAAUACUUAAAUCGGUUAAAGAUUGCACUGACGAAGAAAUUGAAGCGGAUCUACCCAAGUUUAUUGGGAAUUGGCCAAACACGUAUACAUUCACCAAAGCUACCGCUGAGAACGUAGUUAAAAUCGAAGGUGCAGGAUUGCCACUGGCAGUGUUCCGACCAGCUGUUGUAAUAACGACGUACCAAGAACCAAUCCGAGGCUGGAUUGAUAACUUGUACGGACCUGUUGGUUUGAUCAUCGGUGCCGGAACUGGGGUUCUGCACACAUUUUACCUGAAUAAAAAGACUGUCACAGACAUGGUUCCUGUGGAUUUGACUGUUAACUCGCUCAUCGCCACAGCAUGGAAGACUGGAGAAACUGCAAGGAUACAAGAGACGACACCGAUCUACAAUUACGUGUCAUCAGCACAGAAUCCAGUUUCCUGGGGAGAAUUCAUCUCGCUCAAUCAAAAAACGGGAAUCCUUUGGCCAACUGUUAGAGCUAUCUGGUAUUAUUCCUUCUGGCCGACGAACAAUAAAUUAUUGUUUACGCUUGCAACAUUUCUUUUCCACACAUUGCCCGGGAUUCUAAUGGAUUUCAUAUGUAAAUUGACUGGACGUAAGCCAAUGUUGGGAAAAAUUUACGAUCGUUUGUCAAAAGUUGGUGACACUUUGGAGUACUUUGCAACGCAAGAGUGGAAAUUUACCAACUACAACGUACAGAAUCUUUGGAAAGAAAUGACACCGGAGGACCAAAGCAUAUUCUUCUUCGACAUGGAGCAAAUGUCAUGGAGAUAUCAGACUGAGGCACUCUGUCUAGGUCUCCGAGUUUACAUGCUCAAGGAUGAUGUUGAUACCCUUCCUAAAGCCAGAAAGAAGUGGAACAGAUUAUACUACGCCCACUGUUUACUGAAAGGCGCUGUCGGGCUAAUCUUAUGUCAAAUUGCAGUAUCGACAUCUCUUUACAUCGUUCGCAAUUUCACUUCAUGAUAUCAUCCACAAAGACAAGUGUCCCUGAUCUCACUCACACUAGAUUGUGAUAGGCAAUCACUAUCACCGGACCCUGGUAAUAUAUGCAAUGCAAAAUUACGAAUGAAUACAAUUUCUAUGAUUGGAUGGUUGUUAUUAGAGGACUAGUCUGGACAACCAUGCACAAAGCUCUCGAUGUGAAAAACACUCUUUAUAAGCCGGUAAAAUAUCAAAUUAUUUACCAAAUUUUGAGCCAUUACUAUCCAUAACCAUGACUGAAGUAAGCUUCAACUCCUUUGAUCAAUCUGGUGGGAAAGAGAUCAUUCAUUUUAUUCUUGUAUCUCACUUCUACCCUCGUAAAAGUGAGUUAAAUAUUAGACUGACACCAGCGUGAUCUUGCUGACAUCAAACUGAUCUGACUGACAUUGGGCUGAUAACACUGAUUUUAGUUUGAUGAUAUUGGCUUUAGGUAAUAAAAUAGUUUAAACCAGCCAAGUAUUCACGGAAAAACGAGCAACUUGGCUUCUCACAUGGUCACACAUAGACACAUUUUGUCAGUGUAAAAUCGACGUCAAACUGAUUUUAUACUGUUUAUAGACUAAAAGCGAACGAGAAUUUUCAAAAAUUAGCCUGAUGUCACCCUAACUCAAAUUUACCUGAAUUUUUAUUUACAACUAUACUCAUGAUAGUUGAAGCGUAAAGAGAUCAAUCAAUUUGAUUCUACUUUGGAGAAGCAAAAGUUUACUUGGAAACCGGUGAAUUUUCACUUAUUGAAAUAAUUUAAUUUUGUACUUAAUCUGCGCAACAUCAUUCAGCCCACCAUGCUAGAUUGUCAGUGAUACAUUUAUUUCUGUUUCAAUACAUAUAGCUUAAGAGGUUGUUUAGAAUACGGAAUGAAUAGGCCGUAAGCCCCAAAUUAUUUCGAUACCAUAAUGCUUUAGUCUCUUUACCUUUAAUUUAAAACUGUCCUUAUUAAUUUAAAAUUGUUAGUUUUAGGUGUUAUUAUUUAUUUAAAUAAAUGACUGUGAAAUACUUUGAAACAGUA